AUGGCAGAAGGUGGGCUCUUCAGAGCAGCAGGACACCUGCUCAAACCCAAGGCUUUGCUCAUCACCUACGGGCCCUUUGCCAUCAAUGGGAAGAUCUCUCCCCAGAGCAACGUGGACUUUGACCUGACCCUCAGAUGCAGGAACCCGGAGUGGGGGCUGCGGGACACAGCCCUACUGGAGAAAUUGGGCCAGGCCAGUGGCCUGCACUUAGAGAGGAUGGUGGACAUGCCAGCCAACAACAAGUGCUUGAUUUUCCGGAAAGAGUAACCUCCUCCUUCACCCCACAUGCCUGCAUCCCUGCCAAAGGCUCUGUCGGGCACAAACCCGAUCACCAGCUCCUCCUCCCUGGGCCCAGCUACUGUCUUGGGGAUGACCAGCACCACUCCACUCUGGGCUCUUGACUGGCAGCCACAGGGCCGUCAAGAGCCUGGGCUCAGCUUGUCUCAAAAUAAAGUGUUUCUUGCUGCCCCA